UUUAUUUAUUUUUUUAUAUUCUUAAUUUUGAGAUUAUUUUUUUCUCAGAUAUUUAAAGCGACCGAUCUUUUCUUUCGUUGCUUCAGGAACUCCACUGCCAAGGAGAGGAGACGGCGACAGAGAAGCGGGCGAAGGGCGAGCGAUUUGUCUCCUUCCUUGUGUUUCAAGAUCAGGGAAGAAGCCGCGACUGCGACCGAGGUUGAGAAGAAAGAGAAGAGGUUGUUACAAAGGAAGAAAAGCCCUAUCUACUACUGUGGGACAUGAGAAGAGUAUUCCAUCAAUGAACGACAUCCAUCUGCCAAAUAAGCAAUUUUUUGUUAAUGCAAGUCCAUCUCUUGAUGGCAUUCAGUCUAAGGAACUGGCAUUAUCAGCAAAGGAUCCACCGAUUCGGGCGAGGAAACCUUACACGAUUUCAAAGCAGCGAGAGAAGUGGACAGAAGAAGAGCAUGAAAAGUUUUUAGAAGCCAUUAAGUUCCAUGGUCGUGCCUGGCGUCAAAUACAAGAACAUAUUGGCACAAAAACUGUCAUUCAAAUCCGGAGCCAUGCACAGAAGUUUUUCUCAAAGGUUUACUGUGAAUCAGACACCAGAAAGUAUGUUGAGAUACCUCCUCCACGGCCAAAGCGAAAGCCAAUGCAGCCUUACCCCCAUAAGCUGGUUCAUGCAUGCACUGCCGCGAUUCCAAAUGUGAAGCUACAGGAAAAAUUCUCUCCUACAAUUUCAUUUUCUGACCAAGAGAGUGGGUCGCCUGUGUCAGUCUUAUCUUUGGUUAAUUCCAGAGCCUUGAAGCCUCAAAAUAUAUGUGCAUUACCAUUAUCGUCUAUGGUCGGAUCAGACUCAAUGGAAACAUCACCCAGUGAUUCAGAGAAUGGAUGUUACUCCCCAUCCUCAUCAACUGUUCACCACCAUCAAAUAUUACCAUUGGAUCUGGAAACUAAUUCUUCAACUAAUCUAUACAAAACUUCACUGGGUGUUGAUGUGCAUAGAAAGAACUACAUAUCUCCCGAAAAGGUUUUGUCAGAGCAAUCACAGGCAACUAGUUUGAAACUCUUUGGAAGAACACUUUCCAUCACCAACUACAAAAAUGCAGCUGAACGUUUUGAGGUUGUGCCAAAUGUUGAUGUCUCUACUGAAGAGAAAACUGACACCGACAUGGAGGUGCAAACUAAAUCAUUUGUACAAUUCUUUCCCUGCAAAAGUUCGAGCGGUGUUGUGAGCAUAACUGCAGGUGAUAGUGUGGCACCUUCUGUGUGUUCUCAAAUUAUUAAAUCCAAUGUUGCAGCGACACAUAUUCAACCUAAAGGUAAAGUUCAAAUGAAUUCUAAAGCUGAAGUAAUUGAUCCACUGCCUAUCUGGAGUUCUUUUGAAGGAAGCCUAUCCCUCACAUUCACCAAGCAACAGAACAUGAUGUUCAAACUAGAUAUGCCUCUGAGAAGGACAGAAACUCCAACCAUCCUAAAAGGAUGUCCUAAGAUCGUCAUGGAUGAUGACAAGCAAUCUGUGGAAGGACAAGAAGGUUCAGGAUUGGAGGAGGUGCCUAGAUGCACCAGUUACAGUCUAGAGAGAAGCAAAAACUCAGCUUUCUCGCGUGUCAAAGCAAGAUAGACAGACCACAGGAGCAAGAGGUUUAGCGCCCUAAGGUGAAAAGUGAGUGUACCCAAGUAUUCUUCUGAUAUAUACAUGAAGACUAACAGAUCCUGUAGGCCAUUGGUAUCUGCUCCCUUUUUUGUAUCUUAAUCAAAUAAUUUUGUGUUGGAAAUGUUUCUGGGUCAUUCUCUUUGUUUCUAUUGUGUACACAUAUAAGUUUGUGUUAGAUAUAUAUAUUUUUUGUUUAAUCUAA